CCUUCCUCGCCCGGACGGACGCACUUCCGGCGGAUGUGGGGGGGCGGCCCCCGGAAACGGAAGUGAGCGGCAGGGCGGGCUGACGGUAACCGGACCGUGAGGCUGCUCACAGAGCGGGUGAAGAUGAAUGCCAGAGGACUUGGAUCUCAGCUAAAGGACAGUAUUCCAGUUACUGAACUUUCAGCAAGUGGGCCUUUUGAGCAUCAUGAUCUUCUUCGGAAAGGUUUUUCUUCUGUGAAAAAUGAACUGUUACCAAGUCAUGCUCUUGAAUUAUCAGAAAAAAAUUUCCAGCUCAACCAAGAUAAAAUGAAUUUUUCCACCCUGAGAAACAUCCAGGGUCUCUUUGCUCCUCUGAAAUUGCAAAUGGAAUUCAAGGCAGUACAGCAGGUUCAGCGUCUUCCAUUUCUUUCAAGCUCAAACCUUGCACUGGAUAUUUUGAGGGGUAAUGAGGAGACUAUCGGAUUUGAAGAUAUUCUCAAUGAUCCAUCACAAAGUGAGCUCAUGGGGGAACCACACUUGAUGGUGGAAUAUAAACUUGGCUUACUGUGAUGUGUGUGCUGUUCGUGAACCAGAGGGGCCGAAACUUGCUGUAGUUGUCUGUUGUUGUAAUUUGAUGUAUAUGACAUUAAAAGUGCUGACAUAAGAAUUUUUGCCUAAUAUCAGUGAUGACUUGAAGUUAUUUGAGUUUUUGAUUUGUGGCUCUGCAACAGUUGAAAGCACUAUAGGGAGAUGAUUUUAAAGCUCCUAAUUUGUAGCAAAACAGUGGCCUUCUGUGUCUUUCAAAAAGUAUUUCGAGUUAAUAUUAGAGAAUUUCCCAUAGGUUCAGUUCAACCUACUAUCUAGAUAGUCCAUCAGUUUGAUUAUAAAUGACUAUUACGGGCGUUUGAGCCUAUAUGCUUCAUGGUAACAUUUUUUGGAAUAAACAUGUAUACAGAAACACUACAGUUCCUGAAUGCUUCUGUUUGCAAACAGAAACAUUCAGCUAAUUUUGCUUCUGUUUGCAAACUCUGUCAUGUGACAAACAUAACCACAGCCAUCUUCCCCAAAAUUGUAAAACAAGUUUAUAAACCAAAGUGUCACUGUAACUGAUAAGUGACAACACUUAAAAUUGAGAUAGUAGACGUUUGUUGUGUUUUGGUGUAGAUUGUUAGAAUACUAUUUGCUAUAUUCAUGCUAUAUACAAUUAUAGCUCUAUAUUGGUCCUGUCAGGUUGAAAAGUUCAGAGGCUUUGAUUUUGGUCUUGUCUUUGAAGUGAAAGCCACCAGCAGGUAUAGAUUUAAUGGUUGUAUUUCAUAGACUUAAUAUGUACUUAAUUGCUUCCCAGGCAAUACUGUUAAACUCACUUUAUUCCUGAUUUGCAUAUCACAAGAUACUUCAAUUUUUUUAAUUAUUCAACUAUUCAUAUAUAUAAUACAUCCAUAAAUGAAUUCCAUAGUUAUUUAAAUGAAUGUUUACCAUGAUUAUUUUUUCCUGUAUUUAUGAAUCUGGUGUAUAAAAAUUACAGAUUUCUUAAAACAUUAAUAAAUGGAUCAUCUUCCACUA